AUGGCGCCCUCGUCCGCGGAGGCUGACGCGGCGGCGUCCUCCAGCGGCCGCCUCCUCGUGCUCUACGCGUCACAAACUGGGAACGCCAUGGACGCCGCAGAGCGUGUCGGCCGCGAGGCAGAACGUGGCGGCUGCCCGGCCGUUGACGUGCUCUCCAUGGACAGCUUCGAUCCCAGUCGCUUGCCAAGCGAGCGGUUCGUGGUCUUUGUUGUCUCCACUACGGGGCAGGGCGAUCCCCCGGAUUCCAUGAAGGGGUUUUGGAGAUACCUGCUUCGGAAGGAUCUGGAUAGACAAUGGCUUGAGGGGAUCCAUCACGCAGUGUUUGGACUCGGGGAUUCAGGCUACCAGAAGUACAAUUUUGCUGCAAAGAAGCUUGAUAGAAGGCUUUUACAUCUUGGUGCAGAACCAGUCCUAGAGAUAGGUCUGGGAGAUGACCAACACCCUUCAGGAUAUGAAGGGGCUUUAGAUCCUUGGUUGCUAUCUAUGUGGAAAUCUCUGAAUGAAAUUAAUCCGUCACUCUUACCUAGAGUGUCUGAUAUCAAUGAUUCUAAUUUGAGUAUUUUGGGGCAUCCCAAAGUUCAUGUCAUUUAUUACUCUUCCAAUGAAGUUCCACAAGAUCCUAUACUUUCAGACCCCAGUAAAAUAAUAAGUAGCGCAAGAUCAAUGUCCCCUGCACUACGGUUCCAUGCUGAUGGAGAGCCACCUUACAUGCUUCAAAUGGUAAAAAACAAGCGUUUGACUAAGGAGGGUUCUGAUAGAGAUGUUCGCCGCUUUGAAUUGGAAGAUCCAUCUUCAGCCAUCAGUUAUAAAAUUGGUGAUGCUCUUGAAAUUCUACCAAGUCAAAAUCCAUCAGCUGUCGAUGCCUUCAUUGAACGCUGUAACUUGGAUCCAGAUUGUUACAUAACGAUUGGAGUGAGAAGUGGGGAUAAAGUUUCGAAGGGUUCAGUUGUGCAUAGCCAGAUGGACCGCAUCAAAUUAAGGACCUUUGUUGCUUUGACAAUGGAUGUCGCGUCAGCUUCCCCUCGUCGAUAUUUCUUUGAGGUCAUGAGCUUUUUUGCAACAAGUGAACGUGAAAAGGAGAGGCUUCAGUAUUUUGCUUCUCCUGAAGGAAGAGAUGAUCUUUACCAGUACAAUCAGAAGGAGAGUAGGACUGUUCUAGAGGUGUUGGAGGAUUUUCCUUCAGUUCAAAUGCCUUUUGAAUGGCUGGUGCAACUAACACCUCCACUGAAGAAAAGAGCCUUUUCCAUCUCAUCAUCCCCACUGGCACACCCAAAUCAAAUCCAUUUGACCGUUAGCAUCGUAGCAUGGGUUACUCCAUUCAAGAGAACCCGGCGUGGACUCUGUUCUACAUGGCUGGCCGGGCUCAAUCCAAAUAAAGCUGUUGUAGCUACGCUGCUCAGUACUGACCAAAACACAACCACCUACCCUCUCUCACAUUAUGCUUGUGUGCAGACAUUCUUAUCCCGUGUUGGAUACACCAAGGAUCCCCUUCCUCCUCCACGUCCAAUGGUUCCUCUUGUGUUGAUAGGACCAGGAACAGGAUGUGCACCAUUCCGUGCAUUUGUAGAGGAAAGGGCUGCACAGUCUGCAGCAGAACCAACAGCCCCGGUUCUGUUCUUCUUUGGCUGUAGAAAUCAAGAUAACGAUUUUCUAUACAAGGAUUUCUGGUUAACUCAUGCCCAGGAUGAGGGGGUGUUGUCCUCGAAAAAGGGUGGUGGUUUAUUUGUUGCUUUUUCCCGGGAUCAGCCUCAAAAGGUCUAUGUGCAACAUAAGAUAAAGGAACAGAGUUCAAUAGUGUGGAACUUAUUACUGUCCGAUGCAGUGAUUUACAUUGCGGGCUCUUCGACGAAAAUGCCUGCUGAUGUUACAGCUGCACUAGAGGAGGUUAUUUGUAAAGAAGGUGGUGUCAAACAAGCAGAUGCUUCAAAAUGGCUCAGGGAUCUAGAAAGGGCUGGUAGACUUAACAUCGAGACUUGGUCAUAG